AUGUCGGAAUAUGUUCAAGAGCUAAAAACACUCAUAGGUUCGCCUACAGGUAAAGAGGCUGUUGCGUGCGCCGCAUAUGAUUCAAAGGAAUUGUUGAAUGCCAUAAUAAUUGCGGGUGCAUCUCUUUAUCCGCGAAAUUCUGUUGAGGCGCAGGAGGUGGAGGCUCUUUGCAAACACGUGAGGCGAUGGAUCUCAUCCAAAGUUGAGAAAAGGAGAGAUCUAAUUUGCGACUGA